AUGUUGGCCAUCUCCGCAGCGGGCACCCCCUCGCCGCCCCUCCGCGCCGGGCCCAGCGAGCUCCAACGCCGCUCCGCUGGAGAACUCCCGGCCCCACCAAAAUGGCGCCCGCGCCGAGCAUGCGCGGUGGGGCUGCCGCUGCUCCUCAGGAGGGGCCGCGGGAGCGCGGCCGGAGCGGCACCGGGGCGGUGGCGGGGACGGGACGGGACGGGGCUGGGGCCGGGCGGUGCCGGCGGGGCGGCUGCGGCGGGUGCUCUCUCGGCCGCCUCCUCCACGCUGCCCCCGAGGGGAAGGGUGCGCUGCCCACCUGGGGACGCGCGGGGUCCACCCCGCUGGCGCCCGCCCCGGGGGGCGAUACCUGCCCGCAGACCGCUCGCGCCGCGCUUCCCGGCACGGGCCGGGCGAGCCCCGGCGAGAGCGGGAGGAGGAACCACCGCGGGAGGGCCCCGCGGCACAGCUGGGGCCGUGGUGUUGUCACGGCUCCCGCCCGGCCCUCGGCCCCCGCCAGGUGAACCCCGAGACACCGGCCGGGGAAAGGGUGACGGAGCACUCUCGGGAGGGCUGGGCCGGGUCCGAGGUAGCGGGGGAGAAGUCUGAGGUGUCCCAGAGGAAACAGCUGGCUCAAGGAGCAGUUGGCAUAUUUGCUGGGGGAGCGCCCGAGCAAAAAGAACCAGGGGUGUCUCGCGUGCCUUGAGAAUCUGCUCAAGCUGGCCCAUACAGCUGCUCCCAUCCCUUCUGCUCCCGCACCAGCGCCUUGCCCUCUUCCCACCCUCGCCCUUCCCUUGGAGACGCUGGUGUCGCCUCCCACGGGAAGGGGGUAACUUGCAGGCCGAGGAACGGGCAGCUCUGAGGGGACAGUGUAAGGAACUGUUUCUUUUUACGGAUUCUGCUACAAGAUUUUGAAAGUAGAGUAAAAGCCGAACGUCUGCUCUGCCUAAUGGACUGUUACUUUUUAUUGCAGAAGCAAACACGAGGACCCACAGAUGUUGCUUCUGUUCUGGAGUCUGAAAUAAUACUAAUCAUCCCUGCUAGCCUGAGCUGUGUAAAGUGCCCACGUCCGGUUGCGUGGCCAGGUGUAAGAGUGCCCUCUCCUGGGUGGAACAGGCAGUUUGGCUUGUUCGCGUGAGACGGAUCCUCUGUCGGGAAGCCUUUUGCCUCGGUACUGUCACCGCCUCGAGGAAGAACUU